GAUUUUUCAUUCAACUUGAGAUACUCUGAAAGUUGCGCAACUUAGAGGCACGCAGAACGCUUUCGAAAUUAUCACCGAUUAACGAACCAUCGCAUCGCUUCGUUAUUUAAACGAAAGCCCUGAGCUUCUUCCGAUGCUAUUUUUAGCUAUCGUACGUGGCAGAGGUAACGGAGAAGAGAAUGAGAAAAACAAGAAAUAAUGGUCCGGACAGCACUGGAUGUGCACAUUAGGCGUGGCACGAAAAGAGCACCGAUACAACAGGUGCCUCAUAUAGGAAACACGUUGGUAUUGUCAGGCUCCAAGGACACGCCGCUAUAAAAACUUUUCUAUCCUAUUCGAGCAGGCAUAAAAAGGGCGCGGGAGAAUAGAAGAAGGAUGACCUUGAAAGGUAGGGUUGUCCAACGAGCGGGAAUAACGUGCGCAUAGAUGCGUAAAUUAUGCGUCACUUUCUAAACGAACUAGGAACAGUAAUAUACAUACAUUGUUGUAUUUUUAUGUGCUAACGUGGCUGGUUGGUGAAACCGAGGUCUCGGGCGCGUUAGUUUUCCCGAAAUCGUACGAAAGCCGAGAAAGGAGAGUGCGUGUGUGCAUGCGUGUUGCAUGCGCGCAGUAGGCCUGGUGGAUGCACUUUUGGGAAAUCAUGCAUAUACGUGGCAACAUCGCACUGCGGGUUCACAUUCCACGUGAUCAGGACCGGUUUGCGGGUGUCGACCUACUGACACUCGUCUACGAUAGAUAAACCUUAGCCCUAGAAAUGUUAUUAGAAAAUGAAUCGCAGGUACUAAGUAGCGAAUGAUUUUUGUUGAUAUACAAUAUAAAUACAUGGAUAUAUAAAAUGGAAGAUAACUCUUUUAGUAUGGAAAAAUGGAAAGUAUGACUUUUACAUUAACAUCUUGUAUAUAAAAAAAUGCCCCGACAUUCGGUGGUAUAUUGCAAGGCCAUUGACCGAAGGGACCCCCGAUCGAUGAUCAGCUACCUGCUGAUACAUUGUUGACCAUACAAUGGCAAAAGCAUUCUUGGUCCGAUGGGAACCCUCGGGCGUCAAGUGCAAUUAUUCCGUGUAACCGAAUGCACUUCGUUCCCGUAGUUUAAGAUCUGCUUUGCCUGUGGUUAAGCCAUUCAUUGUAACUACCGGGUGCAACGCCCCAUUCACCUGUGUCACACGGAUCAACACCCAAUAUCUUUUCAUACAAACACAAACAAUUACUUAAGAUGCAUGAGUUCUUUUCUACUUGGAUGAAUUUGAAGCAAAAUUUGAGACUGUUUUGAAAGGAAGUCAGGGGCACAUUGAACCUAUCGCGAGGAUGAUAGAGAAACACAUAUGAAGAGAAACAGGUUCCUUGGAGGGAUUCAAAACCGCUUGCAUCCACCUUUUCAACUGAAAGCGGUCUAGGGCCCAUGUGAAAGUCCCCCCCUCUUCAUUUUCCCCCCUAGAAAACUUCCAUCUACGUGCUUCUUAUGUUUUAUAUAAAGAAGAUGCACAGGAAUGAAUUUCCUUGUUUAUGAAACUCAUGGAAUCACAUGAAGAGCUAGAAAUACGCGAGAAUAUGGAAUCAAGACUUUCAUGCUAUCUGUAAAGGCGAUAAGCAAACACUUCCCAGAACGCAUGGCAGUCCCUUGAAAACUUUUCGCUCGUCCUGUGUUUUUUUUAUCGAAAACCUUGGUCGUCCUGAAACAAGAGGGAGCAAGAGCUGCUAAAUGUGGAGCAGGGUGGAUGUUCCAUUAAGUGGAUCCGUACCACCAACGAUAUCCUCAGCGUGAAAAUACAACAAUGAAAGCAAGCUGAUGUCGCUGAUAUAUUGAAUUGUGAUUCUGUAAAUUAGCGUGAUUGGAAAAGUUCAGGGUCUAGAAGUUAAAGAAGCUGGUCGGGGCCGACGUAUUCAGCUGGCUUUGGAUAUGGAAUUUUUCGAUGGCGCAACGGGGAUGAAAGACAAAGAAUAGGAUAAAAUGGUAUAAGUUUUAAAAGAAGAAGAAAAGCAUGAAUAUGAAGAAAAUUUUGGAAGAUUUUAUAAGAGAACGCAGGCGCAAUCAGCGGUCGCAUCGAAGGCAGGGCGUGGUGGCAAUUUUCGGGAACGCAUACAUACAUACAGGUUUUUCGUUCCUCGUCACACAUAAACGGCACCGUUGAUUAGCGAUGGCCUUAAGAGGUUUCAAGUCCCUUGAAACACGUACAAGUGUUCAAAUGCCGUUCAGAGUUUAAAAUCUAAGAAUUUUAUUAAAUAAUUUCAAUAAAUACUUGCUGCUUAUAAUUAACUUUAAUUUUAAUUAAAUAAUAUUUUAACUUCUAUAUGGAUGAAACCUCAAUCUUCUUGAAGAACUACAUAUGUAAUGUAUUGCAAUUUUCAAAACUAAAAAUUUAUCAGGAAUUCCAAAUGAAAAAUUGCUGAAAAACUGGUGGGAAAAUGAAUUCAGUGGCGGCCACUAACGUUGAUAUGUGAGCAAAAGACGUGGGUGUACACAUACGGCGACGCAUCGUCAUCUACGCGCGCACAUGCAUGCAAGGAUGCACCGAUUGCACAUGUGUGUGUUGUACCCCGCAGGAUAUUGGCCUAGACGCAGCGUGAUUGGCCGAUCGUGCAACCAGGGACGACGAUGGCUGUGCAAGUCUUCUUAACUUCUAUCAACGAAAAGUUACAUGAUGCACGUUCAAGUAGGGCACCAAAUGAUAGCAUACAAAGUGCAUAUUUCCACAACUAUAAUUAUAAUUGCAUUUGAAUCGAGUUUAAAAUCCUGCCGAAUAUUUUGCAUCGAGAACUGGUUGUCGUCGUCGUAGUCGUCGUCGUCGUUUCCCGUUUACGCCACUGUAAGAACGCACACAGAAACGGUAUGCCGUGUAGCAACGUGUAGAAAGAGAAGCAGAGAUAGAGCAACACACUACCACACGUUUGCGGCCACCCCUAUGCGAGAGUCGAGCCAUGACCAGCUCGGCCGAGUGCGUCUUUCUACGCACGGCUCGUCAGUGGUCGCCGAGUAGGCCGUGGGAGAGGAUUUCCGUUUUCGCUUUGACUUUCUCCUCUACUGUGGGUGUGCACUCGUAUCACGUUUGAUCAACGAAACUGUUGAUGAUCAAAAGAUACUCGUCAAUCAAAUCUAAAUUCACAAGAAACGAUAAAUAAAACACUAGUGCCAAUGAAUGUAGCCGAACUCCGAAAAAAGACUGUGGGAGGAAGAAAGAGAACCGUACAGUCAUUGUAGGAGAAGGAUAGAAGAGGAAAUAUAAAAAAAAAAACACCGAGGGGUGAAAGAAAGAAGAGGAACAUUUAUUUCUUUUUUUAUCUUUCUUUCGAGAGAAAACACAGUGGAUGCACAGUGGAUGUCGUAAAUGCGCCACUCUCUGUUUGGGAUGGAAAUAAUGAUUUCGCGAGAAUGAAAAAGAUAGAAAGAAGUUUGUUUUGAUCGGCGGUUUCGCGCACAGACGCGCCCCCGCACGCCAUGCGAACCCACUAAGGGUUGGAAGUUGAAGGCUACGUUCAUCAGGGUGAUUCGAAGAGUGAUCAAGUGACCAAGUGACCAAGUGUGACGAAUGCGAGUGCACACACAUGCUAAUACCGUACGUCUCCUAGCGUACUCCUCGGCGGCCAUUUGAACAUCGUCGUCACACGGCGCGGCGCCAUCGUUUUCGAGAAAGGGACAUCGUCUUGGCGAAUUUGACUUGUUAGGAAAUAAAAUAGAUCGAAAUGGCGAGCACAUCUCAACAAUAUUGUUUACGUUGGAACAAUCAUCGUUCGAAUCUGCUGACGGUAUUUGACGAGCUACUUCAAAAUGAGUCAUUCACCGACGUGACCCUGGCGGUCGACGGAGGCGCCUCAGUGAAAUGCCAUAAGAUGGUCCUGGCAGCUUGUUCCUCCUAUUUCCAAACCCUCUUCAUCGAUCUUCCAUGUAAACAUCCGAUCGUGGUAUUAAAGGAUGUGAAGUACUCUGAAAUUAAAGCGAUCCUGGAGUACAUGUACCGGGGCGAGGUGAACGUGGCCCAGGAACAGCUGGCCGGAUUGCUUAAAGUCGCGGAAGUAUUGAAGGUGAAGGGCUUGGUGGAAGAGAAUGGUUCGCAAAGUCGUCGCGAAGAGGUGGAGACUUCGAUGUCGCCUCCACCAGCGAUAACCACAAGCACGACGAGUAGCGCGGCGCACAGCAGUGGUCUCGCAUCACCUCCGCAUUCCACUGGCACCUCGUACGUCUACGGUAGAUCGCCAGUGGAUCGAACCAAUCAAAUGCCAUUACCGAUGUGGCCACUUUCCGGUCUGCCCAUUUCCCAUUCCAGUUCUAAUUACCAAACGACCUCGCAUCCGCAGCAUUCCUCUACUUUAACCGGUUCCUACGACAAUGGCUUUGAAACGUCCCCCCUGAAACGGAAGAAGCUUUCCAACAUAUUAAUGAACAGGGACACACCGAUCCUACGAACGGUGCUAGGUCAAGGUCACGCAGACAGCUCUCAGGGUAUUCCUUUGUUACACCCAGACAGCCAUGAAAACCACUUUAGAAACAAUAGUAAUGGAUCAUCGAACGACAACGACAGACGCAGUAGUACCGAUAUACCUCACGGAGAACCCGCGCAUAGUCCUUACACCGAUGUGUCUAUGAUGGACGAGGACGAUAAGCAGCCAUCGCCGCAGUCGUAUCCUCCGGAUAAGCCAGGGAUCGUCAACUAUGUACCGGCACAAAAGCCAGAAUGGAAGCGAUACAAGCAAUACACGAGGAAAGACAUAAUGUCUGCGAUCGAAGCGGUUCGUACAGGAAUGAGCGCGUUGCAAGCGGCACGUAAGUAUGGUGUACCUUCGCGAACCCUUUACGACAAAGUAAAGAAAUUAGGUAUUACCACGUCACGACCGUUCAAACGCGGUUCGAACGGUAGUGGCGCCUGUUUUCCGUAUGGAAUUGGCGGUAACGCAAACGGCGGCAUCUAUAGUGGCGCCCUCUCCGAAAAUGAAAACGAAAAUAGCAGUGCGAUAGACAGCCCUGGCUCGAUUCUCGAUGCAUAUAAGGCCAGAGAUGGUCCUAUGGAUCGAGAUAUGUUGGACGUCACUCGUUGUAGCUCCACUCCCAUUAUCCAUUCUGUAAAACAACAGAGCAACGAAGAUCAAGUAGAAGAUCUUUCCGUAACUCGCAAGUCGGAUGUACGCGUGAUAGUCCCACCAACGUCGGUAGUCAAAAAUGAAGAAGACGUUGACUAAGACAUUGGAGGGUGUAUUAACUGAUGCAAAUUUUCCCUAGCAAAAACUAAACGUACUAUUCCUUGGUAUAACAACGCGAAUACAAGGUUUUAAAACUGAAAAGACUAUUUGCAGAAAUUAAAUGAUGUCUUGCAAAGCAGAAUAGUUGAUUGUUACUCUAUUAGGAAGAUACUAUUUCUUGUUUUGCCGGACAUCAUACGUAGGGAUAAUCGUAUGCCUAUGCUUCUUAGGGAGAAACUGGAGGGAUACAAUUGAAUUAAAGCCAGUUAAGUCAGCAUUUGACAAAAGACUCAGGGAAUAGCAAUAGUAAGUUAUAAAAUGUAUGUAUUGAAAACAAUAUGUGCAUUUAUACGAGUACUGGAAUAGGGAUUCUUGGAAUCCUCUUCUAAAAUUACUUUGCACAAGACUGAUUCAUACGUCAUGGAUUCAAGAGACUGAAACAUAAUCAGCACACGCGUUCCAAAGUUGUUAAAGCCUAAUGCUGACAAUCAGUGAAUUGUGCCUUUCCCUAUUAUCAUUGCAGCUUGUAAGAAUUUUGAGAAAAAAGAAUGAUAUUAACAACUUAAAAGUUGUUGAUUCAAUAAAAAUAUCAGUUAACUAGAUGCAAAUAUUUUCAACAAACAGUUGAAAAGAUUAAUUUUAUAUCUUGUUUUUUUUUUUUUCUUUUUGUUUCUUACGAUUAGAUAUUUGACAAAACGCGUGUAAAGAAAAUAUUCGUAAAAGAUUAACGAAUAUUCGAAUUGCAUUAAGCUUUAAACACUUUUGGACCAGUGAAUAUGCAUGAAGUUUUAUUAAUUAUUUUCUAUUGUGAUUCAAAUGUUUUCAAUUUUUUCAUUUGCAAUCAACGGUAGUAGUACUAUUUAGAGCCUUAAUCGAUUUUAUAUACCGCGUAAAAAGAAAGAUUGUAUAUUAUUUUAACAAUUUUGUUUUCAUAUUUUUCUUUUAAGAAAGAUGUAUUCCUAUCUUUAGCAUUAAAUGCUGUCAAUAGGAGAUGAUUAUAUAUAUACAAGUGAUAUAUAUAUAUAAUCUGAGAAUUAAUGAAAGGAAAGAUAGAGUUUGUACACUUUGAAGAAUUUCGUGUUAAUGACUGAGAUAUCGACUGUUAAUUUGUUGGUAAUUAUAAGAUUACAUUAUCGUUACUGAUCAUGGCCCUGGGAUACAGCUGCAAUAUUGCUCAAUAUUAUGCACGUUACAAUUACAAUAGACAUAGAACGAACUACCUCAUUGUACAACGAACAAGAUUGUUCAUUAACGUUAAGACUGAUAAGCCGAAUCUGCGUUACCACCUCAAAUGAAACCGUACGUUUUUAUUUUACAAACGCUGAUAUAUAUAUAUAUAUAUACACACACAUACACACAAGAGAAGAGUAUAUAUUAUAUAUAAGUUAUAAAACAAUUAUAUUAUAAACAGAUAUAAAUUUUUAAUUAUGAUAUAAGUUUUAGGAAUACAAGAGUUGAAGUUAUCUCGCGUAUGUUGAGAUCUCUGCUAUGAUUGGAUGCAAUGAUUUAUAGAAUUUCUAUGUAAGGAGCGUGAAUGGUAUAUUCUCAAAGUUUUCUGUAAAUCAGUGUAUCCUUAUUUGACGUUGUCCGCCCUCAAGAAGCAGCAGACUUGAAAAUUAAUUGUUUUCUCUUUUGUCAUCAUAUCACAUUGCAUAUACAAGAAAUUGAUAAUUGAUUUUAGUCUGAAUUUUAUAUGGAUCUUUUAAAUUCAUUGAUGUUGAGUUAAAGCAUCUUUUGCGCAAUCAGUUUGAAUGUUUGAUGUUUCUUGUUACAUAAAUCAGGACGCAACUAAAUGGUGUUCAAUGCGCGCUAAGCUCUUACUAUAGAUCUCAGGUUUUAUAUACAAUUAUAAGGAUCUUCUCGACGCGGAAACCGUAGAUUAUUCAUAAUAGAAGCUGAGGAAAUAUAAGACACGUCUGUACCAAGUUUGUUAUAGAUUUCAGAAACCACAUAAAGUACAAAUAGGCGUCGUGUUAAACAGCGAAUAUUAAAGAAUUCUCUAUAAGUGUACAGUGAAAUUCGUUCACAAUCCAUUGUUUUUGUUUUUUGCUUAAACUUGGAACAAAUUUCACUGUACUUCAAUCCCGUACAGCUAUAUGAUACUCAUUGAUAAGUACAAACCAAAGCUGCCUUGAAACUUUUUUACCUCAGAAUAAUGUAUAUAGGGCAUUCCAUAACCGUUUUAAAUGAAACUUAAAUAGUGGUAAAUAAUUCGAGCCUCUUAUAGUAUUAUAAUAGAAUGUGUAACACAGUACCUGUGCAUUAAUUGCAAUGCAAUUACAUAAUAGAAGAAUGCAACAAUGAACAAAAGAAAAUAGUAAAUAAUUCUGAAGACCACAUAGGAACGUAUAGCAGUAAUUAAACUUAAGUAGCAAGAAUAAUUUAAUUGAAAGGUGUCUAUACAAACAAAGAAGAAUAGUCCAAUUGAAGAAACAAAAGCAUAGGAUAUACUUAGACUGAAAUAAAUGUAGAAGACUGUGUAUAUGUUUAUUUUUAUUACAAAAGCGUAUGGAAACAGUGUGUUCAAAGUAAAGAAGAGUAUAUAGUUUUAAUUUAAAGGGAAAGUAUAUAGGGAAACUAAUUUGAAGAGGUGCUUGAAUACAUAUCAGUAUCAGCAUUUCACAAUCCGCGGAGAUGUCCUUUUUUAAUAUUUCUACGCAAAACAUUGAAUAUAAUUUGAAAAAUAACAUGAAAAUUUAGCGUCUAUGGUUAUGCCAUAUUUGAAAUGGUCCAGACAAAUACAUGUGUGUACAAAAAACGAUGAACCGGUUAUUGAUAAAUGAAUUUUUUUUACACGUUUAGAUUAUAAACUUCUGCGUAGACGCAAUCCUCGAUGCCUUAUGAGAAUUUAAGUACUUUAGAUAUAUUAAUUACGGAACUAGAAUUGUAAAUAAUCAUGAGGAGAUAAAAAUGGGGUACGGAAGGGAUGGGGGGCAAAAGUUAUCUUUUAUUGUAUGUAAAUCUAGCGCCGUAUUAUUUUUUAAGACUGAUUUUUUUUUGCUACGUUGAGAAUUUGCACGUACACAAAGACAUAAAAAUACACGAAAUUGCACUUUCGAUUAAUUGUAAGCCAUUCUACGUUUUACACUUUAACACCAUAAAAUAUACGGGUCAUUUCCCAUUUCCACUAUGUGGACAUAUGUUAUUAGAACUGUAAAAGUUUGUUAUGAAAUAUAUCAUCCUGAAAAACUCUAUAUAAUUUCUGUCUCUUGUGUGCAAAUAGAUGUUUAAGAACUUGAUUUUUCUAUAAUAAACCGGUGAUGAUAUGUUGUUA